UCAACAUAGUGGCACAAAUGUUGUGAACAGAGAUAAACAUCUACUGAACCUGGAACAACUCUUAAUUAUGAUUAACAAUUAACUUGAACUACUUAUUUAUCUGAAGCAAUAUAAAUCAAGUACAAAACACAGUGAAUCAGGACACUAUAAAAGGAACAUGAGAGGCUGUGAGGAUGACAGAGCAAGAGCUGGAAACAAACAUCAGUGAAGAAUGAAGGCUUUAAUAUGUAUACUGCUGCUGUUGGAAACCUUUGUGUUUGUCGUCCAGCAGCAGGUAGAUGGAGGACUCAAUGAGAAGGAGAUCAGUCAACAGAUCAGCUCUGAGGACGGAAGACAGAAUCCACCUCAAACAGACACUUUGAGAGCUGAAGCUUCAACUGACAGCCAACAAUACUGUGAUCUGGGCAUCCCUGACAUCCAUGCAGCACUGAGAAAACUGGCCGCCACCGUUACAGAGCAGAAAGGAAAAAUCAGAGAACUGACCACCACCGUUACAGAGCAGAAAGAAAACAUCAGAGCUUUAGAGACACAACUGAGGGAUGAGAUGAACAAGAAAAAUGAAGAAAUUUCAAAUCUUACACUGGGUCAAGUGGAGUUGAGAAAGGAAAAUAGAGACAGAGAAAUAGCAUUUUCAGCUGGACUGAGGGAAUCUGGCGAUGGAUAUAUUGGUCCUUUUACUGAUGAAAUCACACUAACCUACAGGAACGUCAUCACAAACAUAGGGAACGCCUACAACCCAAUUACAGGUGUUUUCACAGCCCCACUGAAAGGAGCGUACAUGUUCAGAAUCUCUGUAUUUAGUCAUGGUCCAACUGCAUCAGCUGCGUCCAUUUAUAAGAAUGGAGAGCGUGUGGUUAUAGCAUAUGCCCUUCAGCCUCAGAGAGAGUUAAACGCCUCAAAUGGAGUUGUGUUGAUCCUGGAGGUUGGAGAUGUUGUCUAUGUGAGACUUUGGCCUAACACAAGGAUAUUUGAUAACAACAAUAACCACAGCACCUUCAGUGGUUAUCUACUGUUUCCCUUAAGAGAAGAUAAUCUUUGCAAAAUGUGAUUCCAAUAAUUCUGAACCUUCAGCAUCACAGGUGAAAAAAAGUACACUUCUAUA